UCUUUUAAAUCCGAUUCUGCUGUGUACAGCUUAAUCGAAGGGCCUAAAACAGCAUCUCUCACAGCAUUUCAUUGUGUCAGAAGCAAGAAAACUUGGGGAUUUCUCUACUUCUACCUGGCGGAGGCAAGAAAAAUGGAGAGCGGAGACUACAAAGACGUCCCAGAAAAUGCAAAUGAACAUUGUCCAGGGACCCAAUCGGAGUCAGCGGGAAAAUCUGAUGCAUGUAAAGGAUGCCCUAAUCAAGAAGCCUGUGUUACUGCUCCUAAAGGCCCCGACCCAGAUUUGGUUACCAUAGUAGAGCGAAUGGCUACUGUAAAGCACAAGAUACUGGUUUUAUCUGGCAAGGGUGGUGUGGGCAAGAGUACAUUCUCAGCUCAACUUUCUUAUUCACUAGCAGCUAUGGAUUUUCAAGUGGGUCUACUUGAUAUAGAUAUUUGUGGACCCAGCAUCCCAAAGAUGCUUGGCCUUGAAGGACAAGAGAUUCACCAAAGUAAUCUUGGAUGGUCUCCUGUUUAUGUUGAGUCUAAGCUUGGGGUCAUGUCAAUUGGAUUUAUGCUUCCCAACCCAGAUGAGGCCGUCAUAUGGAGAGGCCCCCGCAAGAAUGGCCUAAUCAAGCAGUUCUUAAAGGACGUUUAUUGGGGGGAGCUUGAUUUUCUUGUGAUUGAUGCUCCACCUGGAACCUCGGAUGAGCACAUCUCAAUUGUUCAAUUUCUUCAAGCGACUGGAAUAGAUGGUGCUAUUGUAGUCACUACUCCACAACAGGUAUCUCUAAUAGACGUCAGAAAAGAAGUGAGUUUCUGCAAGAAAGUCGGCCUAAAGGUUCUUGGUGUUGUUGAAAACAUGAGUGGUCUGUGUCAACCAUUGUCGGUGUUCAGAUUCAUGAGGACAACAGAAACAGGUGAACAAAAGGAUAUGACUGAGUGGAUCCUAUCAUAUAUGAAGGAGAAAGCCCCAGAAAUGCUGGAUGUUGUCGCUUACACUGAAAUAUUCGAUAGUAGUGCUGGAGGUGCUGGUAGAAUGUGCAGUGAGAUGGGCAUCCCUUUUCUUGGAAAGGUUCCACUGGAUCCUCAGCUAUGCAAAGCAGCUGAAGAAGGAAGAUCGUGCUUUUCCGACGAUAAAUGUCGGGUGAGUGCCUCUGCACUUAAAAUGAUCAUCGAUAAACUGUUGGCACAGCAAAUGAUUUCCAGAAUAGAGGAUGGCGCCUAGGUGUUAUCUCUCUCUCUCUCUCUCUCUCUCUUCUUUUGGUAGGGGUUGGUCGAAGCUUUUUGCAUCUGUUUUGUUUGGAGAUAAGAUGUUAGAUUUGUACAAUUAUAGACACUUUUUUGGUAUUUCGCUAAUUGAUUGAUCUUGAGGUGAGCUGUUUUUUUUUUUGAGUUGGUUUGGAACAGUUAAUAGAUGAAAUUUGUCAGUCUGCGCUAUAUCUCUCCAAAUAAAUUGAUUCCUGAUUUAUAUUGCACC